GCCCAAAUUACUCCACAGGAAGCCAAGGACCGCCUCAGCGAGAGAAUCCCAGCUGACAGUAAGCUGGGCUGGCAAUUUUCUAAUUACUGUGUAAGCGCCUGCCGUGUGCCCGACACCUUCUGAAGUCCGGAGCGCGGCUUCUGGCAGAGCACCCCCUGCUACGCACCGCUACCGAGCUCUUGCUGAGGGUCCUCCAGCCUGACCUGAGAGCGUUGGAGUGUGCUCAGUGCCUUAAACAUAACAGUGCACGUCAUCUGUGGGCGCCUAUGAGAUGAGCUGCUAUGAGCAUGAAAAGAGAAGCUCUUGCAAUCAAAUGUAGGGUCUCAUUGUCUCUCACGGACCAAUAUACAGCGUAUUCAUGCUGGGAAAAUCCAUUUUGUAUACUGUAAAGAUGUACAAUGAAUAAAUGGAAAGGAAGAAAAGAAAAGAAAGAAGAGAAGAAAAGAGAGGGAGAGACAGUCUUGGCAUGGGAUAACAUCCAAUCCCGAAGCAAUCAGUUAUUUUCUCUGCAUCUCGGACAGAGAAGAACUCUAUGUGAAGCAGGGACAGUAAGAAGCAGACGUUGAAGGUGUGGGCAACAUGGAGACCAACCAAUCCAUGCCUCUGAAUGGGUCUAUAGAAGCAUUCUUUGAGUCUUCUAGCUACAAUGUUCUGCGGAUCCUCUCGUUGGUGGUUCUUGGGGUCACCUUUGUCCUUGGUGUCCUGGGCAAUGGACUUGUGAUCUGGGUGGCUGGAUUCCGGAUGGCACGCACAGUCACCACCAUCGGUUACCUGAAUCUGGCUCUAGCCGACUUUUCUUUCACUGCAACCCUACCGUUCCAAAUGGCCUCCAUGGCUAUGAAUGAAAAAUGGCCUUUCGGGUGGUUCCUGUGCAAGUUAAUCAACAUCGUGGUGGACAUUAACCUGUUUGGGAGUGUGUUCCUGAUUGCUUUCAUCGCUCUGGACCGCUGUAUUUGUGUCUUGCAUCCCAUCUGGGCCCAGAACCACCGCACGGUCAGUCUAGCCACAAAGGUGAUCUGUAUACCCUGGAUUUUUGCCCUAGUUCUUACCUCGCAAGUUUUCAUCUUCUUGACUACAGUAACUUCUGAGCAAGGGGAUACAUACUGUACCUUUAACUUUGCAUCCUGGGGUGACACCACUGAAGACAAGCUGAAGGUGGCCAUCACCAUGCUGACAGCCAGAGGGAUCAUCCGGUUCAUCAUCGGCUUCAGCAUGCCCAUGUCCAUCGUUGCUGUCUGCUAUGGGCUCAUUGCUGCCAAGAUCCACAGAAAAGGCAUGAUAAAAUCCAACCGCCCCUUACGAGUCCUCACUGCUGUGGUGGCUUCCUUCUUCAUCUGUUGGUUCCCCUUUCAACUCGUUGCUCUCUUAAGCACAGUCUGGCUCAAAGAGAUGUUGUUGCAAGGUAAGUACAAAAUCCUUGAUGUCCUGGUUAACCCGACGAGCGCCCUGGCCUUCUUCAACAGCUGCCUCAACCCAAUGCUCUACGUCUUCGUGGGCCAAGACUUCCGAGAGAGGCUGAUCCACUCCCUGCCGGCCAGUCUAGAGAGGGCCCUGAGCGAGGACUCACCUCAGACCAGUGACACCACGGCUGGUUCUGCUUCAGCUCCUGCAGAGGCCGAGUUAAAGGCAAUGUGAGGAGGGAGCUGGAGGAUGCUUUGAACUGCCUGAUCAGGCCCUGACCCAAGCACCAGCUUCAUCUAGCCUUGAGUCAUGCUAAGCCACUCGAGUAUGAAAGGCCCAAGUAUUUACUCCGGAAGAAUAUUUCUGUGCCCCCUGCUUUGUGGGAAGGAAAUAGGCAACGAAACUACUCUUGAUGUCUUUCUUGGUUUUUGGAUCUCAGUCUGUACCUUGGUAUAAAUGAAGGCAUGAAAAGAGAAAAAGCAAGCAUGGUGGGGAUUUGUAAGGCUUCAACAAGAUGGUGUCUAUUAAUGGAAAUGCUUUAUUUUUUUGCCAUUAAGUAAAAUGUUUGCUGUAGGGUUUUUGUAGCUAAAAAUAAAUAAAUUUUAAAAAUAGACUACAAAAGCUUGCUUCUAGUUCUGGUUGCUAAGAGAUUUCUCCUUUUUUGAAUCAUGCAUAUGUGUUGAAUUUUCACAAAUGCUUCUCGACAUAUACCAUAUUGUUUUUGUCUUUUUGUUUACAUCAUCGUAAAUUGUAUUACCUGUUGGAUAUUAGUGCACUCUCACAUUCCUGAAAUAAAGUGCACUUGGCUGUA